AUGGUUGUACUUCUGCAUGAAGAUGAAUUAACGACGCUAACUCCCUCGGACGCGACGCCUGUGGGUACCUCUCGGCUUCCUCGCCCCAUGUCGACUCAAAAGCCUUUACCCAGCCCUCCGAUCGCGCAGGUGUCAAACCCCAAUAGUCCGCCAAAAGCCCAGCGUACGCUCAUAGAUGCUCAGUCUGAGAGCCCUAUACGCGGAAAUUGGCCGGUACUUCACCCCGAGAAUGUUUCUUCGGACUCAAACUCGUUGGCUCAAGAUUCUUACGAUGGCGCCGGCGACGACCGCAGCAUCCGAUUGAAGCCACUCUCAUGGCAUGCAUCAGAUGCAGACGCCACUGCGCACACAGGUACAGGUCCGAUCCUCAGGAUCUCUGCUGAUGCCAAUGAUUUCAUUCUCGGCACUGGUGACAAUGUCCCAGAAGUACCACCUAUCCCCGCGGUAUUCACUGAGCGUCUUCAGCAGUCACGCUCUUUCAGCGAUUUUAGGACCCGCCUCGCGGAGGCUACAGAUUCCAAGGCGUCGCUGAGCACUGCGCCUCCAGCUCCAGCAGCGCACCCUGUGAGGACGUUGAGGAGUUUGACACCUGUCGUCAAAAUCAGCCCAAUUCGCUCCAUGCAGCCUGCAAGAAAAGUCAGCCCAGCCAGUCAUUCACCAAUGUCUUCCUCACCGCUCGCCAGGCCCUCCGCGAGCUCGACUUCCGAAGACAAAGUAGUUGCGACAACCGCUGACAACACAACUCGCACUACAAACCAAUCAGAUCAUCACAUGAAGCUUACAGAAUCCGCUUCGAAGCCCAAGAUUGUUGUGUCUAAUCCUUCAGAGAUGUUUGAAUCUACUGAAGCUCGUCAGGAGUUUCAUGCAUCUCUUUCAGGAUACAUUCAAUUGCCAGACGACGAGCCAGUCUUGGACGUGAAGAAGACCGGGAUCAGGAAGACAAUCACAAGCAUCAUGAACUCGAAGUCCUCACCAAACUUGAAGGACCCCUCCGGCAAUGACACCAAGAGCUGGAAACUGAACCUUUUCAGCAAGAGCUCGCUGUCAUUGCACAAAACGGCACAGUCUCACGAUACCGUCCGCAACCCUGAUUCUGGAAGGUUAAGGACGGCGGAGACUGUGACGUCUGAAACCGAGGAGGGCUCUUCGAGUCACGAAAUGCCACAGCAGCGCCAAUCAUACCAUUCCGACGACCACUUGAUGGGCUCGUCGGUGACUCCCUCCGCUCCAGAAGAUACGUUGUCGGACAAGCAAGAUCGUGAUAUGACAGAGAAGAAGAUCAAGGCCCAACGUAGCAUUCGCGAUAUUUUCAGUCGAGGCAGGUCGCGCACCAUACCAGAAGAACCGAUGCCUACUUCCAAGCAAGGUUUCCUGAGUGUCAGUAGCAUCUCACUCUCCAAGGCCAUGCGAGACGCAAAGAGUCACUCCAUGGUUAACCUCGCCGUGCCGACCGAGUCCAGGCCUCAGACUGCACCUGCCUCUAGCCAGAAGAAGAAGAAGAAGAAGGACAAAGGCAAAACCCCUCCCAUACCUCUUAGUGCCGGUCUCAAAUUGAAAAGUACUUGCGCCAGUCCAGACAGGAAACGCUUACCCGACGAGCGCGAGAGCACACGCACCUUGAUUGAUGACAUGAUCGAACGCUUAGACACACAGCCUCGCGACUCGGAUGAGCGUCUACGCAUUGUUGAGAUGGCAGAGUGUGUCAUCAGUGCCGCCUUGAGUGCCAAGAGAUGCGAAGAUUGUGUAGAAGAUAUCAAGAAGAAUGCCCGAAAUGCGGAGAUACAUUUGGAUCUGGCUGGCAUGGAGCUCCAGCGCCUGUACGACCUUGUGGAAAAGGCUGAUCUUGACUCCGAGGUUGUGAGCGGCAUCAAGCGGCUUGGUCGUCGGUUCAGGACCGGCGGCAAGCCAGAUUGGCUUUGA